AUGGCCGUGUCGCCUGGCGAUCCAUGUACCAGCUACGUGGCACUUGACGAGCCCUCCAGAAGUACCGGCAUCGAAGCGACCCCAGGCGGCCCGUUCCGGUGCGACAGCGGGCUGAGGACCCAGUGGUACCGGUUCGUCAGCCCAGCGGGCGGAGAGAUCCCAACGGACUGCUCUCUACUCGCACCCAGCAGCUGCUCAACCGUCGGACCUGUUUGGAUGAAAGGCUCUCUUCCAACGAUAUCUGACGGUGAAGUCACUAGGCAGGCGUGCCACAGGUCCCUCAGUGGAGACUGUGAGGCCAACUGUUGGGGCAUCAAAGUCAGGCAGUGUGAUGGACCCCCUGAACCGUACUACGUCUAUCUCUUACCCCCCACACCCGGCUGUGAACAAGCAUACUGUGCAGGGACCAACGAGCCGUGCCCACCAGGACAGAGCUCAGAAAACUACGGCUUCACACCUGGCUGUUCGGCUAAUUUCCCCGACAUAACGACCAACCCAAAGCUGACUAGCGGCACAGAGCCUUACCAAGUCGUGUUGUACUGCGACUUCGACCGUCCACCGAGGGACAACCUGAAUGUCGAAGUCUUCUGGGUCGCCGACAACACUCCCAUCUUCGAAGACAUAUUAAUAAAUGGAGAGAGCAGAUCAAUCUUGAAACAAGUUGAUCUAAAAGCCGGAAUGGGGAAGACGAUAGUCUGCAAAGUCCGCGGCAGGUACAAAGACGGAGGAAUCCCUGGCACGAUGGAAAUCAGCAAUGAGUUCUUUGCUGGAGUAAAGAUUCUUACGCAGGAUAUUUUGAUCGAAGAGGGAGGUGAGUCAAAGAACAUACAGCUCCAGCCCACACUGCCGCUUGUCUGCAAUGAAAUUGCGUCGUCAUGGGGUUUGGAGUGCAAACUGUCAGUACAAAUUGUUCACAAGACCGACGACUUUGCGGACAACAUCUGUGCGGGAAGUUUGCAGAAUGAGGUUGUUCAAGAAACCUGCAGCGUUGACUUUAACGAUGACACUUGGAACGGAAUCAUUGAGUUCCCAGUAAAGGCUGUCAGUGACAGUAUGGCGGACGGGUCAAGGCGCAUGAAGAUUGGAUUCAACCCGUUUUCUGUUGAUUCUGCGCCUCUGUGGGACUCGUACCAAAUUGGAGACGUUUAUGUCACCACUCGAAACAACGAUCCGGACAAGGAUGUCGUCUGCAAGUCCACAGGAGACCCGCACUACACCACGUUUGAUGGAAAGUACUAUCAUGUAUAUCAACCUGGCACAUUUACUCUGAUGAAGCAUCGGUUCCUCCCCAUUGAGGUUCAGACCAGGACGAAAAUGUGCAAUGCCGGGAAUGUGGCCUGUAACUGCGGCGUUGCUAUCCGGGCGGGAAACGAGGUGUUCAUCAUCACAAAGUGUAAAGACGGCGUGGACAGGUUCAGCUACUCCACGGGAAAAUGGGUUCAGUUUGAAUCGUCCCUUGCCACUAAGGUGGAACAUCAUGGCCCCGUGGGGAUAGACACACGUUUCUACUACAAAGAUGGAGGACAUCGGUUUUUGGUCUACUUCCCAACAGGAUCGUGGAUGGACAUUAUAGCGAUAGGAUCGUCCAACCAGUUUCUGAACAUUUACUUUUACCCUUCCGCUGACGACUACAAGAAAACUGAGGGGCUGUGUGGGACGUUUGAUGGCGACAAGACAAAUGACGGUCUCUAUGCAGAUCGUGAGACAGAGGUUAUCAUUGGCGACAACCAGGUGAUCACCGGUAGUGCAUUCGUCAAAAGCUGGAAACUUCCAGAUGACGACAAUCUCUUCGUGGGCAGUUUGAAGCCAUCUCCUCUUCCUCUAGAUGAGCGGAGAUACUGCGAAUGCAACAUCGAAGGCUCUUACCAGGAAGUGAGGUGCGACUCAUCAUACGCCUACAACUGUCAGUGGAAGUCGGCCAGCGCAGGUGCUAAGCCUGUCGCAGAACAACAGAACGCGCGCAAGAGGCGAAGCACAAGCUACCAUGACGAAGUCUACGAUGACGACAUGUUCGGUUUCGACUACAAUGAGCCGGCCAUUCCUGUGGCACCCCCAACUUGGCCUGCACCAAAUGGGAUGACAGAGGCGGAGGCCAGAACGUUCUGUGAGGACGCCAUGACGGGGUCCGCGGCAGGACAGCUGUGUACAUCAGUUCUUGGAGACAAAGUUGACUUGUCUUCAGCCACAGAGUCGUGCGUGGCUGAUAUCCAGGCAACGGGCGAUACCACAUGGGCGGAAACUGCUGUAACAACCAUGGAAAGCAGUUGUGGGAGUCUGCUGUACAGGAACACUUCCUUCUGGACAAGUAACUCCACCCAGACAAAUAACGGUACCCUGACACCCCCUUCGUUCUUUUACGAAACCGUCUCGUGUCCGGGCAACUGCAGCCAGAAAGGAAUCUGUGAGAAAGGAGAGUGCAUCUGUCAGGUGGGGUUCGAGGGUCCGUCGUGCUCCAUAGAAUCAGACACACCACCGGAAGCAUUCUUCAUUCCCAAGGAUGGACUGUGUGACAUCAACAUCCGGCCGUGCGAACGGACUCCUGUCAUCGGGAAGAACUUCCUGGAGUCGACCAAUCUCACAUGUUCUUUACAGGCGGCACAGGUUGACAAGAAUGGCGUUCAUCCUCUCAAUGACAAAACUACCGUUGCGGCCACUUUUGAGAACUUUGCCCGUGUGGUGUGUCCUCUGCCGCAAUCCCGUGUCAGGAGGAGUACGGCAGCCGGACACAGGACAACAGCCGAGGCGACGCUCGUCUCCAUCAGUAACGACGGUGUGCGCUUCAGCCCGCCGGUCCUGCUCAUCACGUAUGACGCCGUCUGUCAGGACUGCAACGCCACCGGAUUCUGUGUUCUCAGGGACAACUUCUGUGAGAUCGAUGGGUCUUGCUAUUACAGUGGAGACACACAGAUCGGAAACCGGUGCAAGCAGUGUGUCCCGUCAGUCACUGUCUCAGCUUGGAGCGACAGCCUAGACAAUGCCCCGCCCGUCUUUGAACCAACCGGUGACAUCAUCGCCUUUAUCAAUCAUCAAAUGAACUUCACAGUCAGGGCAUCCGACCCGGAAAACCGUACUCAACUGAGCUACUCGCUGGUAGGAGCCUCGCCCGACCCUGACCUGUCCCUGUCUAGCGAUGGUCAACUGAAGUGGACCCCAAAACUAAACACAACCAUCAUCGUCAACGUCAUGGCUGCUGACGAGUGUGGUGCAAGUUCGACAGGGUCUUUCACAGUCAUCGCUCGUGACUGUCCGUGUCAGAAUGGCGGCACGUGUCCUUCUUUCACGCUGGACAGUCUUGAGAACAACACCUGCAGCUGUCCUGCCGGAAUGACUGGUGAUGGAAUCAGCUGUGUCGAAAUAAUUGUACCAGUCCAACAAGGGUCCAGCUGGUACGAACAGCCCGUGUACAUCGCGCUGCUGUCUGUGGGGGCUGUUUUUAACGCUGCAGCUCUGAUCGGAGUCGCUGUGUGGAACGUCAAAGCACGAAAUGUCACCAAAAUCAAGGUGGGAGACCUGCCGCUGGAGGACAGGGAGAAGGGCAACGGUUCCCUAAAUCGCCAUGGUGAUAAGAUGGGCCUGGAUGACAAACAUGGCUAGUGUAGCAUCAGCUGAGAUACAGAUUACAUUAGUGUAAAAUGUCUCGGUCUGGGUUAAGGAAAGCCCACAGUACAAUAUUUUCUGUUAAUCUUCUUGAAUUCGAUUACAGUAUAAUUAAGAUUACACAUCUUUUGAACAGCCUAUGCAAACACUUGACAAUUGACGACAUUUGUAGCUUUAGCUAUAAUUGGAAAACUAUCCCAAACAAGUGUCUGGCAUGAACAUUGAUGAUGGAAAGACAGUAAAGCACAUGAUUUGUUGAAAAAAAAAUUCUGAGUCAUAUAUAUCCAGUGGAUCGGACGACUCAUUCUCAUAACCAGUUUUCUUGGUUUCGUCUUGAAGUGUGUGUGUGUCGUGUUUAAACUUUUAAAAAAUUAAAUUGUCAUUAUGGUGUGAUUUUUUUUUCGUAUUGCACAGGAUGAAAUGUUUCAAGCAAAUUAGUACAGAGUACAGUACAGAGCUCACCAACUAUUGCAUUACUAACAUUGGCAUAAACCUAUGAUUUACAAAGAAUUCUGAAACCCAAACCAUUUACCAUUCACUACAUUAUAAAUUGCACGGCAUUAUUGCAUCAGCUAUUAUGGAGUUCACCUGAUAUUGGACUAACCCUGUUUUAGGGAUGAAAUUCCCUCUCAAACCGUUCAUGCAAAAAGCAGGAGGGCAAUGUAUACACAGAAAGUGCACGUAUACUAUUAAAAUGACUUGUUGACCCAAAGAUAUGUGUGGAAAACAAA